UCACACGGAAGUGGGGAAAUAGCUCGUCACACAGAGAGACACACACACGCACACAUCGAGUGUACUCGUAACAGAGGGGGUGCAGAACCGCGGAGCGACACGCACCGCCAUCGUGGAAGUGGGAACAAGCCGCUGUGUGGAGCUGAAAGAAACCGACUUGUGUGUUGCGUGUUAUUAUCGUAGCAAGUGGUCACUGGAGGAGAACCCGGGAUGACCGCAGCUCCGUACUGUCUGCUGCUCCUGUCCCUCUCUCUGGCUGUGUGGUCGGUGCCCAUUGACCGCAAUGCUGCCUCCCACGAUGCGCAGCCCCCCCAGGCAGAGAAGGCCGAAGAGAGCGUGGACACGGGCCUGUACUACGACAGGUACCUGCGUGAGGUGAUAGAGGUGCUGGAGACCGACCCGCACUUCAGGGAGAAGCUGCAGACGGCCAACACAGAGGACAUCAAGAAUGGACGUCUCAGCAAGGAGCUGGACUUGGUGGGCCACCACGUGAGGACACGACUGGACGAGCUGAAGAGACAAGAAGUAUCACGGCUGCGGAUGCUGCUCAAGGCCAAGCUGGACAGCACAAACACACACAGUCUGCAGAUGGACCACAUUACUCUGCUGAAGCAAUUUGAACACCUGGAUCCACACAACCAAAAUACAUUUGAGGCCAAAGACCUGGAGUUGCUCAUCGCCACGGCCACCAAGGACCUGGAGAACUACGACGCCGAGCGGCACGAGGAGUUUAAGCGCUAUGAAAUGCUGAAGGAGCACGAGAGGCGGCAGUACCUCAAGGGUCUGGACCAGGAGAAGCGGGAGAAAGAGGAGCAGAGACUUCGGGAGCUCGAGGAGAAGCACCGGCAGCACCCCAAAGUCAACGCCCCAGGCAGUGUGGCUCAGCUCCAGGAGGUGUGGGAGGAGACUGAUGGCUUGGACCCCAAGGAGUUCAACCCCAAAACCUUCUUUAAGCUCCAUGACACAAAUGAAGAUGGAGUUCUUGAUGAACAGGAGCUGGAGGCCCUUUUCACAAAAGAGCUGGAGAAGGUGUAUGACCCAAGGAAUGAGGAAGAUGACAUGAUGGAGAUGGAGGAGGAGCGGCUCAGGAUGAGAGAGCAUGUGAUGAAGAACGUGGAUCUCAACCACGAUCGGCUCGUUAGCCUGGAGGAGUUCCUCAAGUCAACAGAGAAGAAGGAGUUCACCAGUCCUAAGGAGUGGCAGACCCUGGAUGAAACCAAGCCAGUUUACUCUGAGACGGAGCUUCAGCAGUUUGAGGCAGAGCUCCUGGAGAAGGAGGCGGAGCUCAGCAGGAAGGCAGCAUCUCUGCGGCAGGAGCAGGAGCUGCUAAAUGAGAGGAGCAAAGCGCUGGAGGCUCAGAAGAAGGAGUAUCAGCAGGCCGUGAUGGAAAUGUCCCAAAGGCAGAAGAACCAGCAGGUUGUGCAGGUGGUACCACCUGCAGGCACCAACGGGGAGCUGCAGUUCCACCCAGAUACAAAGAAACCUGAAGAUCCAAACCACCAUGUUCCUCAAGUUGUUGAUGCAGAUGCUCAGAAUGUCCCCCCAGCAGAGCCCCCCCAGAACCUUCCUCUGCACACCCUGUGAUACACACACACAUAUCCCAAAUAGACUGCACCUCACACAGACACACACACACCGCACCACACUAAUAUCCUGAUACACACAGCAGCACAAACAGCCCCUGAUAGACUGUGUUGAGGUGGUUCAUUAGUUUCUCAAACAAGUUGAAACCCAGUUGUUUUGCUCAAAUUUAACAGUGCUCUUCUGCAAGCACAAGUGCAGACGUGUGGAAGUGACUUUUUUUGUUGAAGCAGCUGCGUGUGCAUGCACACGAGUGAGGCAGAUUGCUGUGCUGAGCUUGCACUGUUAUGUGUGUUGAAUGGAGGAGGAGCACAGCGUGUUCUGACCGCCUGUGGACUUGCCUUUGCAAGGCUUCUGAUGCUGAGAAGAUUGCUCUGCUGUGAUUGGUUGGCGCUGACCCUUGACUUCACAUCGCUGAAUUCUGUUGAUCCCUGGUGAGCUGACUUCCUGUUUCCACCAGCAGCUGCGUUUGUGUUUGUGAUUUUGUUUGCAGUUCAGUAAAGAGGUCAGAUGAACACCA